AUGCCAGCUCCAUCAAAUCAGCGAGCUGACAUUGAUCCCCCGGAGGAGAUUACUUCCGUGGCGGUCCAAGGGUUUAUGACGGGUGUUUUUCGCUUCGGGUCUGUUUCCAUUCUUGCUCAUAUGAUCCUCAACCUCCCACACCCGUUCAUCUUCUCUGCGCCCUCUCCACCAGCUACACAAGACCAACCCCGUCCCCGCCAAUCUCCUUUCUCCCGGGAAUAUCUCCGGUCACGACUUCUACACCGACCAAUCGAAGGCUUUUCAGAAUGGAUCUCACCGACCGCCCGUGUCUACCGGGGUCUCACACCGCAAUUCAAGGUUUUUCUGCAGAUGGCGGUCAUGACUCUUGGUGGCUACAUCUGGGCUGAGCGACGAGUGGCCGAGUAUAUUGAUCUGAUUCGGCAGAUUAAACGGGCUGAGAGACGAGAGGCGGAGCGGGCAUCAGGCACACGUCCAUAA